UCAAAAGAGUUGGUACGCUCAACUACUCAUAAACUCAUGUUAGCAAUGACGAAUAAUGAGCGCUUUGUUGAACCCACUCCAAAAUUAUUAUAAAAUUUAACGCUAAAAUCAGUAAAGAGAAUGGUAGAGGAGUACAAGAAUCCGGAGGUUGUCUGGGUGGCGAGACGCUAACGAUAACUCAGGUGACGACUAUUUCAAAUCGCGACACCGCCGUCCAAGUGGAGUUCUCGGAGGCAGCUCGGCCUGCUAUCAAGGUGAGCAGCGAUUGGGUGAUGGAAAGAAUGAAAAAAAAGGGAUUUCAUCAUAAACGCCUAUCGUGAUCACUGCAUAUUCAUGGACCGCGGUGGCACCCUGUUGGAAGUUUUUGCCGAGCUAAUGGGGACAGUCGAGUGGAGAGCUUCGAAGAGUACAAUAUAUUACAAACAUGGGGAUUUUGUUCCUGGUUUGAAGGUGGAUGGUAUGGAUUCUCUCGUUGUGAAGCAAGCUUUCAAGUUUACUAAAGAACAUGUCUUUAAGAGUGGAGCAAUAAUUCUUGUAAUGGACUCCUAUAGGUAUUAUGGUCACUCCAUGUAUGAUCCUGGAAAUAUCGAUAGAACACGUGAUGAGAGUAGUGGUGUUAGACAGGAGCGUGAUUCAAUUGAAAGAAUUCGGAAGCUAGUAUUAGCACAUGACCUAGCUAAUGAGUAAGAGUUAAAGGACAUCGAGAAGGAAGUGAGAAAAGAGGAGGACGAUGUAAUUGAGCAAAGGAAAGUCCAAUGCCUGACCCUUCAAAACUGAUAAAUAAUGAAGAAGCAAAUCACGUGGGUUGUAGGAAAAGUUUAAUAAAGGAUGAAGGGUAAAUCACAAUCGGAGUCAUCCA